AUUAAUCAGAUAAUUCGGUGCUACGCAUGGCAGGACACACAUCUGUGCAGCAGUAAUGGGAGGGAGUCAGACAAGCUGAGCCGUGCAGCACUAGUACUUUCCUGCUGCUGGGUUGUCAACUGUGGUGGAAUCUGCAGCAGCUUUGAAAAAAAGGUCCAGCACUUCCAAAUGCCCCGAUAACCUCUCCUGUACUGUAGGUUUGCUCUCUGCGUGUGAUUAAAGCGCGGUGCUGUCCAUGGGAAGGAGAGAUCUGAGACGGUCUGAGGCAACAGAGAUGACUUGAGGGAGGCAGAGCUUGUACAAGACAAACAUAAACUGUGCCACUUCAUCUGAAGACAAUGGGGGACAGGACACCAAGUGUGCUCUCAUCCACAUCUCCAUUGUCUGCCCAUCUCUUUUACUCCUCCUCUGAGCACGGAGCAUAAGCGGGGUGAAAGAAAAAGGGGAUGGGAGGAGGUGGGGGAGCAGCAGGGGGGCAGUGGGGGUCUGGCUGUGUUCUUUCUCCUCUGUCUGUGUGCGAAUGCACAGACGGUUCAGUAGUAAUUUGAUGUGUGUCCCCGGGGACAUUUGAUGGAUUAAAGCUAAGCAGCUCCAUUUCGCAGCACCACCUGAUCUUCCACUGCCUGUGCCCCAUAUAAAGGCUGGCGUGAUUGCUGAUCUCAGCUAGUCUGACAGUCUCCCUCUCCCUCCUCUCUCUUUCUGUCUCUUCCUCACUGGUCCCUUAAGCCUGCUGCAUCACAGGAGCUAUCCAGUGCUGAACAGGAUCGCUUUUCUUUUUUAUUUUUUUUAUUUUUCCGGUGGAAGCUGGGGAAACCAGAGAGUAUCACAUAGCAUCGCCGUCCGCCUUGUUCUUCCACUGGUUUCCAUUUUCUUUUUUUUUUUGUCUUAUGUUUUUGACCAUUUUACCCACAAGGAUUACUACCAAGCCAGCUCUGCCUCGUGUGCUUCCUGAGAGGGUCUCUUAUUUUCCUCUCAUGCGUUUUUCUCAGCACUCUGUGUUCAUCCAUUGAAACAUGCCCCGCUCAUUUUUGGUGAAGAAAAUCAAGCUUGAUGAUUUCUCUUCAUCCAACGUGGCCCCCUCCAACCAUCACCACCACCUGGAGGACUCCUUCACUUUUGCACGCUCCAUCACAGACUCGGUGACCAGCCUUGGGGUUCGUCUGAGCGAAAAUGGAUAUAUCCAGGAUUACAUCACGCCAUCUGUAUACCAGGGGGAGAAGAAGAUGGAGCAUAAGUUGGCUUCUCCGGUGUCAGACCCCCUGUACACCCAGGUGAACAGUGGGGGGGAGUACUGCGACCCUGACUUGAAACACCCCGACAGCCCCCAGUCUGGCAUGACAGCGAGCGGCUUCUACACUGGUGAAUCGGAGGCCCUGGCCGAGGGUUACACCAUGGAUGCCUUCUUCAUCUCUGACGGGCGGUCGAGGCGGAAGGGAGAAGGGGAGCAUCGCGAGGGAGGCUCGAGAAGCAGCAGCGCCAACGGCGGGGUUCAGGAGAGGGGAGGGGGCAUACCCCGCCACACCUGCAACGAGUGCGGCAAAACCUACGCCACGUCCUCCAACCUCAGCAGACACAAGCAGACGCACCGCAGCCUGGACAGCAAGAUGGCCCGCAAGUGUCCCACCUGUGGUAAAGUGUACGUGUCUAUGCCAGCACUUGCCAUGCACAUCCUCACCCACGACCUCAAGCACAAGUGCGACGUGUGCAGCAAAGCUUUCAGCCGGCCGUGGCUGCUGCAAGGGCACAUGCGCUCACACACAGGGGAGAAGCCCUUUGCCUGCGCUCAUUGUGGCAAAGCCUUUGCUGACCGUUCAAACCUCCGCGCCCACAUGCAAACACACUCUGCCUUCAAGCACUACAGAUGCAAGCGCUGCAAUAAGACCUUCGCUCUCAAGUCCUACCUGAACAAGCACUAUGAGUCAGCUUGUUUCAAGGGCUCUGGAGACGAGGAUGACUCUGGAUCAGAAAACUAACCGCGAAGAAGAAGAAGCUAAAAUUUGAACCCCUGUUGUAGGUUCACAACCAAUAACCCUGUUCACUUCUGCCCUCCAUGCCUUUUUUCUUCCCUUUUUUUAGAAAGCAAUAUUUUCACCAAGAAUACGUGAAGAAACUCUUACGUUUAUGGCAAAGACAAUUUCAAAAGAUGCUGGAUUUUUUUCCCUGCACAGUAGCUAAUCGUCCACAGAAACAUACAAUCAAACAACCUUCCCCAAAAUAGAGACUGUAGAUGAUAGCUUACACACUUCAGCAACAUGUGGGAACAUGUACACACACACACAGACAUGCAUGUACACACAUGCACACCACACACCCACACAAUUAUAUAUGAGGCCUGGCAUGUGAAUUUUUAUCAAUGACUAUAAUGAUAUUGAUAUCAAUAGUAAUAAUAUUUAGAUUCCUGAUAUUUUAUAGGAAAUAGUAAUGAGAAAAAGGAAAAAAAAAAA